AACACACAGGGCGAGCAGAGAGUCAGGAAACCUUCUUCUUCUUCUGUGUUUCUCCAGAUCUGCUGCAGCGAUCUCACCUGAACCUGAGGCUGACCGUCACUCUCUGAGUUGUCACAGCGUAGAUGCACAGCGACAGAGAAAUGGCCAUUCCCCGCAUGUUCAACUCCAACACGCCGUUCAUCAUCGUGACCGGAGGGUCCGAGCUCUCGUUUCUGGGCAAAGAGGACGACAGCCGAGUCUGCGAGGAGGAGAAGGACUCGCUGGUCCAGGCCAUCGCUCCUCACCUGAGCCGGGUGAUGCAGCACGGCACCGCCAAACACGUGGUCACCGAGGGGCGGGAGGAGAACCCCUGCGUCUCCAUCGUCGCACAGGCAGAAAGAGAAGACUUUCAGGAGUUCAGCCCCACCAACACACACUGCCCGUACUCCAGGUCUCAGCUGCUCAAAAAACACAGGUCUCUCAGCGUGGGAACGGCCCUCCUGAGUGACACGGAGGUCGAGGACUUCCCUGCGGCCGCCAAACUUCCGCUCCACCACCUCCAGAGGAAACAGCGCAGGAAAAGCCGGAGACAAAGCCAAGAGGACGGAGAGGAACCGCCGAUCAUCCGCGGCCUGUGGGUGCAGGAGAUCGACUGGCUGAAAUCUGUAAGCAGAGAGAUGACGUCAUCAGCUGAGAUCAUCCCGCCGCCGCCUCAGUUCACUGACUCGGCGUCACACCCCUGCAGCUGCGGAGACUCCUGCGGCGGCUGCGCAGAUGCGUGUGUCGGAGGGUCGGAGUCUCCGUCCGAGGAGCCGCUCAGAUCAGACGACUCCUCCUCUGACGACAGAGGAGGCUCUGACUCUGACGGCGGCCUCAACUCUGAGUCCAGGACGGCGCGCAAGGAGCCAGAGUGUCAAAUUUGA